CAGCAAUAUAAACGGCGAUACAAUCAGGAAAUUUAAAAGGGAUCUGCAUCUGACUCGCUCGUAAGCGAUUUAAUUAAAAGGGAGACGUGCAACAUUUACCAACAUACAACAUUUACCAGCAUCCAACAAAGCUACCAGGGCAGAUUCAAACACAUUAAUACACACACACGUACACGCAGCGGACGUAUUUGUUAAGUAUCGUAGUUAGAAAAAUGAGUAAAAGAACGUUGUCUAAUUUAUUGGGAAAAGAAAAAAAAAAUUAUGAGGAAAAUGUAGCGAAAUUUCGCAAAUUAAUUGAAAAUGUUAACGUAUGUAGAAGGAAAUGAAAACUUUCCCAAUAGAUUAGACGACGAUGAUUUUCCAUCAACAAGUAGAGUAGCUUUGCAAAAUUUAGAAUAUGAUAUAGAUAGCGGAGAUGACAGUGUGUUUUUUGAAGAUUUAGAUGUAGAAGAUGUUGAGGUAGAUAGUUAUUCAGAGGAUAGGGAUAGUAAUUUAGAAAAUGCGUUCCUUUUGUCAACCUGGGCGGUUAGUAAUAAUAUUCCUCAGAAUAGCGUAGACGAUUUGCUUAGGACUCUAAAACUUAUGGGUGUAGAAGGUUUGCCACUGUCAGCUAGGUCUCUUUUAGGUACAAGUAGGCAAAAAGUUAAUAUUAAGUUAAUUCCUGGAGGUGAGUUUUUAUAUAUAGGUAUUCAGUUUUAUUUAUGGGGUGCAGAAUUUAAUGUAUUGGAAAAUUGUGAGGUAGUAAAUAUUGAUAUUGGGAUAAAUGGGUUAAAGUUAUUUAAGAGUAGUAAUAGGUGUCUUUGGCCGAUUUUAGGAUAUGUCGUAGGUUCUAAGUUAGGCCCAUUUACGAUAGCGUGUUUUUCAGGGAUGAGUAAGCCAGGUAGCGUGAAUGAUUUUUUGAGGGACUUUUGUGAGGAAGUAAGUUUUUUGAGGAAGAAUGGGGUUAAGGUAGGUAGCAAUCUAGUAUGUAAGCCGUUUAAUAUAAGACUAUUUAGUUGUGACGCCCCCGCUCGUGCAUUUGUUACAGGAGUUAAGUCGCAUACGGCAAAGAACUCCUGUUCCAAAUGCACGAUCGAGGGCGUCUAUACACAAAGAAGGGUAAGCUUCCCGAAGCAAGUUGGAAAUUUAAGAUCAGAUAGUGCAUUGAAAAGUAGAAUAGAUUUAAGUUAUCAUAGUUUAGAAUUUAAGCAAGCAGGAAGUUUGCUAGAAUCUUUUAACUUUGGCAUGGUUUCACAAUUUCCUCUUGAACCCAUGCAUUUAGUAGAUUUGGGUGUAACAAAAAAGUUGCUCCAGUUACUUAUCAAGAAAGGUAACGUUACGAAAAUGAAUGAGAAGCGUUUGCUUCUUAACAGGUUCGUACCGUCUAAGUUUAGCCGGCUUAGCCGAGACCUUGACCAGAUAAGUAAUUGGAAGUCAACUGAAUUCCGGCAGUUUUUAUUAUAUACCGGGAUAUUUGUUUUGAAAGACUGCAUUAAUGAAGAUUUAUAUUAUCAUUUUCUUUUACUACACGCCGGAAUUCGAUUUCUCUCUUGUGAGAAAUCUUUUAACGUAGAAUCGAAUGUCGCCAAUGAAUUGUUAAAGGAAUUUGUUGAUUUGUUCGGAAAUAUUUAUUGCGAUCAUCUAAUAAGUUAUAAUGUUCACGGGUUGUUACACCUUUCGGAUUGUGUUAGAGAAUUUGGUCCUUUAGACAAUUUUUCCGCGUACAAAUUUGAGAACUACAUGCAGCAUUUAAAAAAAAUAAUUAAUAAACCUAAUAAAAUUUUGCAGCAAAUGUUUUUCAGAAUAUCGGAAAGAUUAAAAAUUUCAGAUUCUAGCAAACUUUCUAAAAACGACCUUUUUAUAAUAGAUUUUAAUAAAGAUAAAGAUAGUUAUUUUCAAUGUAAUAAGGGGCCCAUUAAAAUUGUUGGAUUAGAUAAGGAAACCAACAGUUUUAAAGCACUCCUUAUUUCUAAUUUAGAAAAUUAUUUUAUCGAGCCAGUAGAAUCUAUGUCAGGGCUAGGUAUUUGUAUAGGUGAAAUAUUAAGUAAUGAAAUCCUAAUUAGUCGUAGUGAUAUAAGUUAUAAAUAUUUUUGUAUAAACGAUAGAAAUAAGCUUAUUCUUGUCCCCAUUCUACAUAAUUUAUUUCGUUCUUUUUUUUAAGUACAAUGGAGGACAUUUUUUUUUCCGGAAACCGAAAUGAUUUCUCCACCACGCUCGGGCCCCCCUACUUUUACAGGGUCUGCCGUGCAGCGUAAGCGGUUUGCUGUAUCGCAGCCCUACGAAAGGCGUACAGCAAUCCCAGAUUCCCCCAGCGCAACGGUAUCCAACCAUGCUACUGCGGUUGCAAGUGAACCAGUUUCUCUGGGUUCAUUGCAAAAGAAGCUGAGAGAAAUGCGGAGCGAAAUCCGUGAAUCACUGGGGGAAAUAAAGACCACCUUACGGGACCUAGAGGGUAAGGUGGAAAGAAGUUUCAAGGACUUCGAAAAGAAGAUGCCAGAAAGAGCGGAAAGUCAGGUCCAGGGGCAGCUGAUGAGGGAAGUGAAAGUGGUGAUGACAAGAGUUCACCAGAGUAUUGCGCGCAUCACGGGAGAUGCUCUGAGUCCUGAGUAUAUCAAGAUUCAGAGUAUGCUCCCAAUAACAUCGCAGGAUGCGAUUAAUACUCUGGAGGAGCUCUUAAAUACCAAGUCAUACUCCGAAGCAAUGCUAAAUAUUUUGCUGAAGCUGAGGGGUGCUAAAGGAUGCAUCAAAGGGGUGAUGAAGCGCGUUUACUCCGACUGCUUGAUGUUCCAUUACAAUUUUGAGGGGAAAGCCAACAAAUCGGCGCUUUUGGGCCUCAAAAGUCUGGAACUCAUUUUCGAUACAUUUAAUAGCACCCCGAAAAGCGAAGUCAUCGCUGAAAUUCGCAAAGCGGUUUUAAUGAGCCACAACCGACAUAAGCAAGUAGUUAGGAAACAAAAACAAAAAAUUAAUAUUCAAAAUAACAACUAAAACUAAAAUAUUUCUAAACCUAAUUUUAUAAUGUCAAAUUACUUUAAUUCAUGUUAAUUUUCUAACACCAAAACCUAAUUUAAGAAUGUAAAUAUUAUAUUAAUUUAUGUACAUAAAA